CGUGCCUAGUUUGUCCCUCUUUACCUACCGUAACUACGCACAAGUAUGGCGGUCUGAGAGUUGUGACAACUGUCUUGAUGGUGUAAACAAUACAUUUUCCAUUCCUAAAUCAUCCUUUUCUUGGAUUUCUUGUUUAUCUAAACUAAGAACUACAUUGCGACUCAAGACCAUCAUGCCAUCUGCCUGUGACUCUCUGGUUGAAGACAUUGAGGACAUGGUGUCCUCUACUGACCCAACUCCUAAUGAGAGACAGUCUGCUAGAAAGAGUAUUGUACCAAGGUUCAGGAAGAAAAACGAGAGUCUAAUCACAGAGGAGCUCCAAGCUGACAGUUUGAUCCCUGGCACCCAAAAAAUCUGGAUGAAAACGUGGGGCUGCAGUCAUAACAACUCAGAUGGAGAGUACAUGGCCGGACAGCUAGCUGCCAGCGGAUACAAGAUGACUGAUGACCCAACAGACGCAGACCUGUGGGUGCUGAACAGCUGCACUGUGAAAAACCCUGCAGAGGACCACUUCAGAAACUCAAUCAAAAAAGCCCUUGAACAGCAGAAGAAGGUGGUAGUAGCUGGUUGUGUCCCCCAGGCUCAGCCACGGAUGGACUACCUCAAAGGACUCAGCAUCAUUGGGGUCCAACAGAUUGAUCGAGUGGUGGAAGUAGUGGACGAGGCUGUUAAAGGCCACUCAGUUCGACUGUUGGGUCAGAAGAAAGAUGGAGGCCGGAGGCUCGGAGGAGCCAGACUGGACCUGCCCAAGAUCAGGAAGAACCCGCUUAUUGAAAUCAUCUCUAUUAACACUGGGUGUUUGAACGCAUGUACGUACUGUAAAACUAAGCACGCCAGAGGAGACCUGGCCAGCUAUCCCAUCGAGGAGCUUGUUGAGAGAGCCAGGCAAUCGUUCCAGGAGGGAGUGUGUGAGAUCUGGUUGACCAGUGAAGACACCGGAGCUUAUGGUAGAGACAUAGGGACAGACCUGCCCACAUUGCUGUGGAGAUUGGUGGAGGAGAUUCCUGAAGGAGCCAUGCUGAGGCUGGGUAUGACCAACCCACCAUAUAUCCUGGAACACCUUGAGGAGAUGGCUAAGAUAUUGAAUCAUCCACGCGUCUAUGCCUUCCUUCAUGUUCCUGUGCAGUCUGCCUCUGACAGCGUCCUGAUGGACAUGAAGAGAGAGUAUUGCAUUGAUGACUUCAAAAAAGUGGUGGACUUCCUUAAAGAGAGGGUCCCAGGUGUAACCAUUGCUACAGAUUUAAUCUGCGGUUUUCCUGGUGAGACAGAGGAAGACUUCCAAGAGACAGUAGACAUGGUGAAACUCUACCGAUUCCCCAGUCUCUUCAUCAACCAGUUCUACCCCAGACCCGGUACACCUGCUGCCAAGAUGGAGCAAGUACCAGCACAUGUGAAGAAGCAGAGGACUAAAGAGCUGUCACAACUCUUCCACUCUUACAACCCCUACGACCAUAAGGUAGGGGAGAGGCAACGUGUGUUGGUAACAGAGGAGUCAUUUGAUGCCCAAUACUAUGUGUCUCACAACAAGUUCUAUGAACAGGUGCUGGUACCUAAAAGGGCUGAGUUCAAAGGGAAGAUGAUUGAGGUGGACAUCUACGAGGCAGGAAAACACUUCCUGAAAGGCCGGCCAGUGGAAGAGAGUAUGCCCUUCACUCCCUCCAUUGCCGCACCGCUUCAGAAAGGAGAGGUGUCCGGCCUGAUGCAGCAUCAGACGCCCAAUGGCAUCCAAGGGCCUGCUUCUUCUAUGCCUUCUUCAUCUGAUUUGUUGAUAGGCUCUUACAGUCUUGACAGGGAAGUACUGAAGAAGCUGGGGAUCGGGCUCACUCUGGCAGCAGCCAUCUUGGCCUUCGUCGUAGAGAAACUGUACUGAUGGCGCGACUGCGAACCAGAAGAAGAUUGUGAAGAAGGGAGAGGACAAUGACAUCGUAGUAGCUUAAACAAUGUGUUUAAAGCGGGUGAAUACAGUGAUAAAACUCCACGUGCUCUUAUUCUAUCUUGAAUGAACCCAAAGAAAACAAGACAGAGUCAGUAACACAGUUAAGGAUUAUUUAAAUUCAUGUUGUUUUUGGUGAAGUUAGUAUUUUAAUUAAAGUUUGACUUUUUAAAUAGUUUACCACUUAGAGAUGUCAGUGUCUUUUGUCAUUGAUGGAGGAAUAACCACAUUAUCUUGACAGGUCAGCAGCAAUACCGUGGUUAAAGGCAACUUGUAUCCUUCUUUUCAAAGUAUUUAUUUUUGAAUAAGGUAUAUGGACGGUAUAUUUUCUGAUCUUAAUGAAAGACUUCUUUCUUGCUAUCUCUGAAGUUGUUUUAGCAUGUAAUUCUUUUGUUGAAGUUUUUUGUUAGUUUCAUUU